AUGAUUAUAAUCCCCAAGAGGACUUAAAAAUCAUCACAAAACCCUUUCCAUUUCCCUUCCCUUAUCAGUCUCUCUCUAUGGACCCUAUGACGGAUAUACCGCCGAUGACCACCCACCUCGCCGAUCACGUCUCCGACCCUCCUCCGACGCUGCGUCCUACCCAAACCCACCCUCCUUACACCGAGAUGAUAAUAGAGGCAAUUACUGCUCUAAAGGAUAAAGAUGGAUCUAGUAAACAAGCGAUAUCUAAAUACAUAGAGAAAGAGUACAAGAAUUUACCUCCAACUCACUCAAUCUUGUUGACUCACCAUCUGAAACGUUUGAGGAACGAGGGUCAGCUCAUAAUGGUCAAAUACUCUUACAUGUUUCCUCCCAGAUCUGAUCAAUUUCAACCUCCUACAUCCACCGAUUAUCAUUCAACAUUCGGUUAUACUGAAACUGGUGAUGUUAAUCAUGCUACCGAUGUAAAUGCUCCUACAAUUUCACCUCCUCCUGGUUCAACGAAAAGGAAAGUCGGUCGUCCUCCGAAAAAUAGAUCUGAUUCGGGAAUAGGGGUACAAACUCAGAUGCCGAAUGUACAACCAUAUGAUGCAGCUCCUCCUCCUCUGUCUUAUCAACCUCAAUAUCAAUACGAUGUCGAUGUCGGCGAAGAUCUUCCCGUUAACCAUGGCUCCGGUUCGGAUUUUCAAGGGAAUGCUAAUGCUACAGCGGGGUCGGAGCCUCUUUUUGCUUCACUAGGAUUGGGCGACGACGGUGGUGCAGUUCCAUCGGUACCACCGCCACCACCGACUGAAAACACAGCGGCUAAAAAGGGGCGUGGUCGUCCACCGAAAGUGAAGAAGGGCGUUGGUAGACCGAGGAGGAUUGGAAUAGGGCCGGUGACUGUGCCAUUGUCUGGAAAUGUGUUGGCGCCAAGAAGAAGGCCGAAGAGGGCUGGAAGACUAAAUGUUGGCGGUGUUAAUGGUGGUGUUGUUGAGAGUAGAAGAUCCGGUCGGCCUUAUGUCAGUAGGUUUGGGAGAUUGACCGGAAAACCUCUCAACAAGCCUAGCAAUGUUGGACGUGGAACGGCGGUGAUAGUGACGGAUCCACGACAGCUUGUGGUUUAUCAAGAAUUGAAGACUAAAUACGACCUUCUUCAAUCAAAAGUGAAGCAAUUCGCAAUCGCGGUCAAGCCAUGCAUCGAUCCCAACUACGGUUCCGUUGCAUUACAAGCAUUGCAAGAGCUCGAAGCUCUAAUAGCCGGGGCCGAUACCAAUGGACCGUCACAUGUUCAAGCCCUAGAACCGGAACCAGAACCAGAACCAGAGCCAGAGCCAGAGCCAGUACCUUUUUAGCAACAUCUUUUGGCUUGUAAUUUUAUGAAUGUAGUACUAGUACUAGUAGUAGUGAUGUUUACUGACACCUGUUUGUUAGGAUCUGUUGUAUAAAUGUUGUAGGUUGUUGAAUGGCUUGUUGACAUGUGUUUGUUGAGCCAUGAAGAGAGAGGAUAUGACAUGUAGUAGUUGAAGUUUAAUAAUGAGCCAGGGAACAUGUGUUAUGUGUUAUGCAAUGGAUGAAACUAUUUAAAUGUUUGUUUUAGCAAUAAAUGUUUGUUGGAGGGGUGA